AUGGCCUCACGAUUGUGCUCUGCGUGCAAUGAAAAGCGAGCACAGAUUUUACGACCCAAGAACCACCACCGACUCUGCGCCACCUGUUUCACCGCCGUUUUCGAAAAAGAAGUCGCCGAAGCCGUCGAAUCAACAAAUCUUUUCUACCCCGGAGAACGUGUGGCUAUUGGUGCCAGUGGAGGAAAAGACUCGUGUGUGUUGGCUGCUGUGCUCAAGACGCUGAAUGAGAGACGUAACUGGGGUCUGGACCUGAUCUUGCUGUCGGUGGAUGAGGGAAUCAAAGGAUACCGUGAUCACAGUCUGGAUGCCGUCAGGCGAAAUGUAGACUUUCUCCAGCUGCCGCUGAAGAUUGUCAGUUAUGAGGAGCUCUACGGUUGGAGUAUGGAUCAGGUCGUUGCGCAGAUUGGAAAGAAGGGAAACUGCACAUACUGUGGUGUCUUCCGAAGACAGGCACUGGACAGAGGAGCUGCGCAGCUGGGAGUCAAGCACGUUGUUACCGGACACAAUGCCGACGACGUGGCAGAGACAGUGCUAAUGAACCUACUGCGUGGUGAUCUGCCUCGACUCAGCAGAGCCACUAGCAUCGUCACCGACAACAAGGCUGGCGACAGCACCGGAUCAGAAGCCACCACUGAGAACGGAGAAGUCGCCAUUACGAAUGUCAAGCGCUCCAAGCCGCUCAUGUAUGCCUACGAAAAGGAGAUCGUUCUCUACGCCCACCACAACAAGCUCGACUACUUUUCCACCGAAUGUCUCUACUCGCCCGAAGCCUUCCGCGGAAGCGCACGCACACUCAUCAAGAACCUCGAACGCAUACGCCCGGAAAGCAUUCUAGACGUUGUACGAAGCGGCAUCGACAUGGCCAUGCUCGUGCCGGACGCAGAUGGACGUUGCAAGGGUGCAUGUGGAUCAAGCCAGGCACAAGCACAACCGGCAACAAGCAGCAUGCGCCCAGAUGAGGAAGACGACGGCAACGGUGGCUGCGGUAGUGGCAAUGGAAGAGGAACUGGAGGCGAGAUGGGAGACAUGGAGAAAAAGCUACAAGAGAAUGAGAGGGCCGAAGAGGAGGGAACAGAGACCGAGAUCAAGCUGCCGGCCAAGAAACAGCAGGCUACAGUACCGUUACGACCGAAGAAGACCAAGGGACCCACCCCACCAGCCAACGCGAAGCAGACACUUGGAAAGUGUGAACGCUGCGGAUACAUGUCAUCUCAGGCCAUCUGCAAGGCUUGCAUGCUGCUUGAGGGCUUGAACAAGAAUAGACCAAAGACAGCCAUUACUGUUGAUGGUUGA